AAAGAAUGUCACCGACUAUCCAGGACAUCGGUCCUUGAUAAACCUGAUUCAUCAGUCUUUCAACCUUCUAUGCACAGAUCCGAGGGAUAAGAUUUACGGGGUUCUUGGGCUAGCUUCGGAUAUAACACCCGGGGAAUUUAUUCCUGAAUAUUCUCUCCUAUGUCAGGAAGUAUAUCUUGCGACUACGACUUUCUGUAUGAAAAAGUACAAGUCUCUAGAAGUGGUUUGCCAAGUUCGACAUCCCAAGCUACUCUCGGGGAUGCCUUCCUGGGUCCCAGACUGGACAGUCAUAUCAGCGUUUAGGGAGAGUCUCGCUCUCAAAUACUGGGAGGGCUACUCCGCAGCGGGAAAGAAAUCAUCAGCAUCCAGUUUCCAUCUGUCGAACGACAAGCGCACACUUUUUGCGAACGGUAAAUUUGUUGACAAGAUUCAGCAAGUGGGAUCUGUGAUGCGGGAUCAAGCAAAUAUCUAUGAUCAGUACCAAGUCCUUUCAGAGUGGGAACAAUAUGCUCGCAAAAUCUCCCCAUACACCACUGGCGAAACCUAUCCCACCAUAUUUUGGAGAACGUUAGUCGCUGAUGGCGGGGCCCGUGGGGAGGAUUCGGACCGCACUCGGCAGCAGCUCUACGAAGCGCAUCAGAACUUAGUCGAGCGCAACAUGGGCAUAUCCAAUAAAGGUCCUAAAUCACAGGUUUGGAAACCAGUUGCGGAGAUGAGCAUUGUGAAUAGUAGGUGUUUGGAGUUCGCCAGGCUUAUGGAUGCUGCUUGCGUGGGUAGAAGAAUUGCAAUCACAGAGCACUGCUUCUUAGGUUUAGUGCCUAGCGAUGCUCAAGUAGGAGACGAGAUUGCUAUCUUGGAGACAGUUCGAGUCCCGUUGCUACUUCGCCGUGCUCCACUAUCGGCAGAUCAUUCUCUGGUUGGGGAGUGUUAUCUUCAAGGAUGGAUGGACGGGGCUCGGUUUGACAGCUUGUCUGGUCCGAAUUUGCAAUUCUCAAUCGUGUGAAUCACUUGGUAUGCAGGAUCCUUUAAAGCGUGGCAGACGUUGCUAGGAGAGUUUUCCUCGGGCAACACUUGUGCUAGGCCGCCGAAUAAGUUUAUUCUCACUGUUCAUGGCAAGCAAGUUUGAGGAACAGAGAAUCGAUGUCAAUUCUGAAUAUCCAAGUAAGGGUGGCUAUCUUGCGCCCAACCAAGUCCAAAUGCGGCAAUGCCAGAUAUAUCCACAAUACAUUUGCGCCUCCUUUUCAUGUCCACCCAGAAGCUACAUUUGCCGGCA